GGCUAAGAAGAGAGAUAGGUAAGAGAGCGACUGGCGGAGUGGAAGGGAGAGAGAAAGACUGUCAGAAUAGGCAAGAAAGAGAGACGAACGGACGGAGAAAUUGGUUAAGUACGCGUGCGCAUUGGAAAAGGACAGAGGGAGAUCGCGGGACGGCAUUCGUAGUAGUGACGCGUUCCGUAGGGGGGAGACGGUAUCGUCGCGUCAUAAAAGUGGGGGGGACGGAAUCUCCCCUUGCGAGCAGAAGCAACGAACAGUUCUCGGCUCCCGACACCGGCCUGCAGUCGACGAGUUGGUCCUAGCGUGGAAGAGGGAGGGAAAGCGUAGUAUAUGCGUGAACGAGCGUGAGAGAGGGAGAAAGAGAAAGAGAAAGAAAAACCAGCAGACGAGCCGAGGAAGAAGUGAGAGGAAGGGAGAGAGAGAGAGAGAGAGAGAGAGAGAGGAGAACGAGCGCGAGAGAAAUAGAGAAAGGGCGCGCAGGAAGGAGAAAGAGAAAAGCAAAAGGGAGCAACGCCGGUAGAACGCGCGCGGUGUGUCCUCAUGUCGUACGGCGUUUCUGAACGCGGCCAUUACGAGAGAGCUGCUCGGUGACGCUCGGUGUGUUAGAGGACGGUCGUAGUACAGCGUCGUCGUACAGUCGCGCGCGUAGUGGUUCUCGAAGCAACAGGACGCGCGCUUCCUUCGAUAAUCAAGCACGUGCUCGUUCACGUUUUCGCUUAUAAAAAGAGCCAACGCGCACACGCGCACGGUGGUCGUUGCACCGCUUUCGAAGUAAGGAGCGUGAAAAGGAGAAGCAAGGCGCGCGCGGAAGAGAAUAAUAAAAAAGAAAGAAACCGAUGUCACGCGACUCUUGAGGCAAACGCGACGAGAACGGCUGUAGACCGUAGACGCGGCGUCACGUCGCGUUAUUCGACGAAAUUCUUCAAUUAUUGCGAUCGUCGAUCGUGACGAAGAGGAGGAAGGUGCGCCGGAGCGAAUCGAUCGACGGCGAUCGCUGAAGAAGUAGAGAAGAGGGAGAGAAUUAUUUGAGAGAUAUCGACGAUCGACGAAGAAAGCAGCAGCAGCAGCCAUGUUCGACGUUUUUGGCUCGGUGAAAGGUCUACUCAAGCUAGACAGUGUGUGCAUCGACAACAAUGUCUUCCGAUUGCACUACAAAGCCACCGUGAUCGUACUGAUCGCGUUCUCCUUGCUUGUAACCUCGAGGCAGUAUAUCGGCGAUCCGAUCGAUUGCAUCGUCGAUGAAAUACCGCCCCACGUGAUGGACACUUAUUGCUGGAUCUACUCGACCUUUACGAUCCCGAACCGUGGCGGCGUCGUUGGCAUGGACGUCGUACAACCUGGUGUACGAAGUCACGUCGAGGGCGUCGACGAUAUCAAAUACCACAAGUAUUAUCAGUGGGUAUGUUUCACCCUCUUCUUCCAGGCGAUACUCUUCUACGUGCCACGUUAUCUUUGGAAAACUUGGGAAGGCGGCAGAAUAAAGAUGCUCAUGCUCGACCUAAACUGUCCCGUUGCAAACGAGGAAACAAAAUGCGAGAGACGAAAAUUACUCGUUGAUUAUUUCGCCUUGAAUUUGCACUCCCAGAACUUCUACGCGUUCCGAUUCUUCUUCUGCGAAGUCCUCAACUUCAUCAACGUGGUCGGACAGAUAUAUUUUAUGGACUUCUUCCUGGACGGGGAAUUCUCGACGUACGGGGCGGACGUCGUCAAGUUCACGGAACUAGAGCCGGAAGAUCGGGACGAUCCUAUGUCCCGCGUGUUCCCGAAGGUCACCAAGUGUACCUUCCACAAAUAUGGUGCGUCCGGUACCGUACAAAAGUUCGACGGUCUAUGCGUCCUACCGUUGAACAUCGUCAACGAGAAGAUCUACGUGUUCCUCUGGUUCUGGUUCAUUAUCCUGUCGAUUCUAAGCGGUCUUAGCUUGGCCUAUCGCGCAGCCGUCGUUGCAGGACCGAGGCUACGUCUGAUGUUACUACGUACUCGUUCUCGCAUAUCAGACAAGCACGACAUCGAAACGAUCGCUAAGAAUUGUCAAAUAGGCGACUGGUUCGUCCUUUAUCAACUGGGUAAGAACAUCGAUCCGUUGAUCUACAAGCAGCUCGUAUCCGACUUGGCUUUGAAGCUACAGGGUAAAGAGUCGAUGCACGUGUAGUCAGUUUGUCGUAGGACAUCAUCGUCGGGGUUAUGUCUUCUUUUUGCCUGAGAUCGUAAGAAUCGAUCUUACGCAGCAAAUUGGGACCCCGAGAACAAUACGAAAAUAUCCAUUAACGUCGUCGUUUUCAUCCUCGACGAAGAGAAAGAAAAAGAAAAAGAGAGAGUCGAAGACGUAUCAUGGAGAUCUUCAUGGAAGUCCAUCGAUCGCGAGAGUCCUUUUCUCGCUCGAUCCUCUCGUGAUUUUUUUUUUUUUUUCAAAUAAUCGUGACGAUUGUUUCAACGAUGUUCUCACGAAAGGAUCGAGCCGUAUCUAUAUAAUGACACAUGCUUCUCGAUAGCGCUUUAAAAAACUGUUAAUCGAACGCGUAGCGCUGAUUAUUUUUGUAAUCUUGCUUUUUUCCUCGCGUAUCCUCCUUCACCGUUUGAUUAUGAUCUAUCGUAACCCCUUCUUCCUCUUAUUCUUAUUCUUUGAGAAACGGACUCUCGCGAUUGCCAUUCGACGAUAUCUGACCUAUCCUUCGCAUCGAUCGCCUAUGUCAAAUUCUACAGGUAGAUUCAGGCGACACGAUGAAAGAAAAAGAAAACUUUCUAAUGGAUAUAGAAUUAAAAAGAAAGAAAUAAGUAUGUACGUUAGAUCAACGAUUACUUUCUUCGAUCGCUUCUCGCUUUUCACAUUUGCCAGGCAUAUAUAAAUAAAAAAAAAACAAAAAAAAAACAAAGGAAAGAUCUUUCCUUCUUGCCUUUUGUUCGUAAACUUUCGAACAGAACCAUAGAAAUUAUGGAGAAACGAAAAUGUGAAGGUUCGAGUAGCGACCGAAAGAACGAUUUCGUAUACGUCAUCGUAGAUAUAUUUUAAGUAUUUCUGGAACUCGUAGACCUUCGCCGGUCUCCGAUCGUGUGAUAAAAUGGAGGGACGGCGGUCGUUCUUUUUUUCCCCCCUUUGUUUUCCCUUCUCCUUUCGACCUUUCUUUCCUUUUCGUUUCCUUUCUUUUAUCUUUUCAUGGACCGUACCGUGGUCAAGUUGUUCCAUCCCAACCAUUGUGUCAUUCCUACAAAUCCUUUUUGUUCCUUUUCUACUUUCUCUCUUUUUUUUUUGCUUCUCCUUGAGACUACAAUACUGCACUGCCGUAUCGCAACGAUGGGACAACUCGGAAGGAAACGCGAAAAAGAUAUUUUUCUCAUGACGUCGUGGAUGUGAUUCUCGCCGUUCAACAUUCCAUUCGUUUCUUUUAAUUUUUCUUCCUUUUAAUCGCACGGAUAUAUACGAGAAGAUCUUUAUAUUAUGUUUCAGGAAAACAUAUAAAGUUUCUCGACGAUACUCGUUUGGUAAAAGCAAGAGAAAAGAAAUAAUGAAAUCUUCAUCAGUUAAUAUGAUCUUUACUUGAUGAAGCGUUUCCUUUUUCGCGUUACGCCUUUUGCCUCGGGCUCCUUUUAGAGAGACCUUUGUUUCCCACGCCGUCUUUCCAGAAAAGCGUUGUUCUUUUUUCCUAUCAAUUAUUUUUUUAUAUAGUAAGCAUAGGAUCAUAUUGUAUUGUAUAUUGUAGGUCGUCCUUUAUCUAUACGGGAAAGAUAAAUAUAUAUUAUAUAUAUAUAUAUAAAUAUGAAUAUAUAGUGAGAGAGAGAGAGAGAGUGAACGCGCGCGCGCGUAUGUGUGUGUGUGUGUGGUAAAUGAGAAAGAAAGAAAAAUGAAGAUGUGCGCGAAGGAGAGAAAGAGAAAUGAAAAAAGAGCAAAAAAAGAGAAUAUGUAGAUACUAUGAUACUGAUUAUACAUCUAAUAUUUUAUAUCCGUCUUCGCUGAAAAGCAAUCUUGCAUUCCACGCACAAAAAGACAUAAUAUGUACGUUUAUCUAUGAACGUAAGCGAUUGUUCAUCACGUCUGCCACGUGUAACCGAGGGGCCAAAACAAGACGAAACGUUCUUCUUUUUCUAAUAUACAUUUGCGUAUGUAUAGAAUGAACGCCUAUUGCGUAUUUACACGACAGUCGAAUAUUUGUAUAACACACAUAUACACCUAUUUGUAUCUUGUAUGUUUUGUACUAUCUACACGACGACAUAAUACCGUCCCGGCGUGCUUAGGGGGUUACCGGAUAAAUAAAUAAACAAAUAAAAGCGGUUAAUUAUUAAGAAGAUAUUAACGUAUUACAUAUAUACUACAUACAUACAUAUACAUGCAUACAUACGUAUACAUGCAUACAUACAUACAUACAUAUACAUGCAUACAUAUAUACAUACGUACGAACAUACAUAUAUCGUGCAAUUAAUUAUACGAGUUUGACCAAGUUAGAGCGUAAUAUUUUGGAAAAACAAAAUAGAAUAUUUUUGAUAACCAUAUUGUUAUAGAUCUUAUGACAAACGAUGUAACGACGAUCGACCGAGGAAAUAGAAUGAUCGAUAAGAGUUAAAGAAGGAUGUGAAGUUUGAUAAAUAAUAUACAUACUAUAUACAAUUUGUGAUGAUGUAUGAUGGAAUGCGUUAUGAAGAUUAUUUGAAAUAUUCGAAAAAAUAUAUUAGAGUACGAGGAAGGAAGGUGCGAUAGGUUCUUUCGAUCAAUUUUCAAGGACGACCUGGUAACCCUUGAACCCACGCGUUUACUUUCACAACUUUCUCGAACGAGCGUCGCUCAUUUUUACGGCAAAGACGACUACGGAUAGAAUGAUAAAAGAAUUAAGAUACUGCGAGAAAAAAGGCCUAUUGUCAAUUUUGCGCUUCUAAUCCAUGCGCCUUCUAAGACUGUCGAGAACUAUCGAAAACACUCCAUAAUAAUGAUUUUCAUGUUUUUCGUAUGUCUUGUUUUGUUUCUUUUUCUUAUUUUUCUUUUUCGUUUUUUUUUCCUUUUUUUUUAGAUUAUAUACAUGGAGCUACGAAGUCUAAACGCAUAUGUCGGCACUGAUAUUUUUCAAGAAUAUGGUGCGAUAGUUUUGCAUAAUACUGUUGAUAAUCAUAAUAAUAAUAACAACAACAACAACAACAAUAAUGAUAGUAAUAAUAAUGAUAAUAAUGAUAAUAAAAAUAAUAAUAAUAAUAGUAAUAGUAGUAGUAGUAGUAGUAGUAGUAAUAGUAAUAAUACGAAACGUAAAAAUUCUGAAAGAGACCAAGCCAUUCAUUCUUCCUUCUUCGAAUUGCGCUUACGACAUUUAUGACACGUUCGCUUCGUAAAGUGCCAACGUGUAUAUAUACACGUCCUUUUUUAUUAUCAUUUAUUUGCAUUGGCAAGAAAAAGAGAUACGUAAGUAGGAAAGAACGAUAAAAAAACAUAUAUAUAUACACACACACAUUGUACCACUUAAAAAGAGAGAAAGAAAACAAAAGAAAUGCGAAAUUGCCAACCAUAAUCGUCGUCAUUGUUCGCAACUGUUGAUUUCGUAUACGGAAAGGAGGAAAGCAAUACGAUAAUCGCUCGUAUGUAUUUGUGCCUUUGCUCGUGCCACUUGUUUAGAAACGAUAAUAGACGAUAUAUAUAUAUAUAUAUAUAUAUAUAUAUAUAUAUAUAUAAGCAUAUGAAUUUUUAUUUUUUCUAUUAGAUAAAUAGGUGACGAUUGCUUUAGAGGACAUGGAUAAACAACGAUGAAGAUUAUUGAAAAGGAACAUCGCCUAUCUUUUCUCAACGUUAACAUAUCACCAUCAUAAUUAUCAUCAUCACUAUCAUCGUCAUCAUCAUCAUCAUCACAGUCAUCGUUCUUUCCUUUUUUGCAUCUUUUGUUCUAUUCCUGUUCAUCGACGUAACAUUUGAUGAUAUAUAAUGAUUAUGGUAAUAGGUACAUACAUUGUAGCAAAUAAGUGAGACGUUAGAACAAAAAACAAGAAAAAAGUGAGAGAGGGAGAGAGAGAGAACGUAAUUUCUGCGAUAAUAGAAUAUGUAUUUAGAUGUGUAAGUAAUCAAAGGGAGGACCUAUGUCCUUUUUUCUCUUUUAUUUUAUUUCUUUUUUGUCCUUUUCCUUUUAUUUCUCUUCCUAUCUUUUAACGUCAAGUACGCAAAGUCCGAGAUCGGGGGAUCACCGUGCCGAUUUUAUAAACAGAAAUUGCAUUCCCAUUUCCUCUUCCUUAUAUUUCUUUUCUUUUCAUCUUUGAUCGUGGUAGCCCCGAGAACAAUCGGUGGUCCGAGAAAACAGUAAUUUCAUCGUUCAAUACGUCAAGUUAUGUUAUAUACUUUAUUACGAAUGUUCUUUGUAAAAUUAAAGAAAUAAACAUCAGCGAAAUAAAAUAGCCUGAAUCUUUGUUAAAUUUUCUAUGUUGAAAGUAUCGUAUAUACAAUCAUAGCGAGCGCAAUGUGCUGAUUAAGAAAAUAAAAAAAAAAAAAAAAUGAACGUCCACGUGUCCAACAAUCCGACGCUAGAGAUGUGUUCUGUUUUAUUUAAA